AUGGCGGAUCAACUUAAUCAGGAUUUGGAGAAAGGGGAAGAUGUGACUCCAGUUCCGAAGCAGCUGCGCAGGAGACAAAAGCUUAAAUUCACUUACGAUCCGCCUGAGGAGCUAAAAACCGGGAAGUCGGCACAGUCAAAGGUGAAUCCCUACAAAACAGCAUUACCAGAUACGUCUACGAUUUGGCAGCAAGUGCAUGACAAGAACGAAACGGGGCAGUGGAACUUCGAACGAUUUGAAUCUAUGCAACUUUUGAAUCUCUGCCUACUUCAACACGAAAUCCGAGAAACGUCCGAGGAGAUAUACGACGUCGUGAGGGAGAGGGCCACGAUUGAAGGGUAUUGGGAUAUUGAAGAAUUUCCGGUUGAUCGCGUGAAGGAGCCAGCGGCGCGAAUUCGCGCGCUGCUGAAGGAGGCGCAGCUGAUACAAGGACCAGAUGAGACUCUGAUUGCGGUAAAUUCUGUCAUGGCUUUUCCCAAGGCGCCGUUUGGGACAAUCAAGGAAUACGACGGGACGAAAUAUAAAGCCAUUCCUCGAAUCAUGGUCGACAUUCGCCAUGAUCUAGAGCCUGACGGACUGCGCAAGCUACUAACACGGUUCUUCCCGAGCUGGGUGAAAAGUACUUUUGCUUGCUUUGGGUUUGGGCCGGGUAAGUUUAUGAAAGCGCGGAAUGCCAUAAAGCAGCCGCUGCCAGACUACACCAAAGCGCGAGCAAAAGAACACGAAGAUGAGGCCUUCCGAGUUGUUGUGGACAAUACGGCUCGCUUAAUUGUAUCCAUCUUUGCUGGAGCGUCUUUGCUCGUCCCGAUGAUACUCAUGAUAUUCAGCAAGUCAUCCAAUGCUAAUCUAAUCAUAUGCUCGGUCUUCGUAUUGGCCUUUGGGGCCAUUAUCUCCUUUGGAACCAAAUCUUCCAAUCAAGAGAUCGUUGGUGCCACUGCUGCAUACGCUGCAGUUCUUGUCGUCUUCAUCGGCGCUUCAAGUUGA